AAUAAUAAUAAUAAUAAUAAUAAUAAUAAUAAUAAUAAUAAUAAUAAUAAUAAUAAUAAUAAUAAUAAUAAUAAUAAUAAUAAUAAUAAUAAUAAUAAUAAUAAUAAUAAUAAUAAUAAUAAUAAUAAUAAUAAUAAUAAUAAUAAUAAUAAUAAUAAUAAUAAUAAUAAUAAUAAUAAUAAUAUAAUAAUAAUAAUAAAUAAUAAUAAUAAUAAUAAUAAUAAUAAUAAUAAUAAUAAUAAUAAUAAUAAUAAUAAUAAUAAUAAUAAUAAUAAUAAUAAUAAUAAUAAUAAUAAUAAUAACAAUAAUAAUAAUAAUAAUAAUAAUAAUAAUAAUAAUAAUAAUAAUAAUAAUAAUAAUAAUAAUAAUAAUAAUAAUAAUAAUAAUAAUAAUAAUAAUAAUAAUAAUAAUAAUAAUAAUAAUAAUAAUAAUAAUAAUAAUAAUAAUAAUAAUAAUAAUAAUAAUAAUAAUAAUAAUAAUAAUAAUAAUAAUAAUAAUAAUAAUAAUAAUAAUAAUAAUAAUAAUAAUAAUAAUAAUAAUAAUAAUAAUAAUAAUAAUAAUAAUAAU